AUGCGAAAUCCAUUUCAUCUCAUAUUUUUAUUAUUUUUCAUAGUUCCCUUAAUAGAUGCUCAGUUAUCGUGUACUUCAGCAGCAUGGGCAGAUUGGGGAUCAUGGACAACAUGUCCAACAACUGUGAGUUACAAUAAGUAUUAGAAAACAAUUAUAAUAUAAUCUAUGCUUUUAGACAGUUAUUGAUCCAACAGUUGUAGCAAAAAGAACACGAUCUUGUACAAAACUACCAUCUGGAUGUUGGUUCGGAUCACCAACUUGCUCGUAAGGUUAAAGGAUUUUUAAAAAUAAAGAUGAACACAUUUUCAGAGGAGAAUCGUCCCAAACAUUGGUUUGUGGUGUGACAACAACAAAAUUCACAUACUCAACAAUCGUUUUCGGAACGUAAGUUUACAAAAAAAUUUUUGAUUUUUUAAUUUGAUUUUUUGAUUUUCAGAACAGCUGUUGAAGAAACCACUGCAAUCGAUGAUACGACAACUGAAGCUGCGACAACUACAGUAGCUGAAACAACAACUCUUGAACCAACCACGACAGUCGCUGAAACAACCACUCUUGCGCCAACUACGACAGUCGCUGAAACAACCACGGUUGAACCGACGACUUUAGCCGCAACAACUACAGUUGUAACAACUCUUGUGGUAGACACAACCACGGUUGAACCAACGACUUUAGCAGGAACAACCACUGCUGCAGCCGCUGAAACAACUGCAGCUGACACCACAAAAGCUGCAGAAGUAACAACUGCUGCAAGUGUUGUGACAACUGUUGCAGCCGCCGAAACAACAGUCGCUGCCGCUGAUACGACCAAGGCAACUGCAGCAGAAACCACCGCUGCUUCAGCUGUUCAAACAACUCUCGCUUCAGAUACUGAUACCACAGUUUUCGAUGAUGAUACAACUAUUGCAGUUAUUACAACCACAACAAAAAAGGCAACCACAACAACUGCAAAAGCUACAACCAAAGCUGCCACAACUGCAGCCACAACCACCAAAGCCGCUACAACUGUUGCAACCACAGUCACCACAACAAAAUCAGCCACGACCAUAGCUGGAGUGACAACUACAGCCUCAACUACAAAAGCAGGAACCACCGCGGCUGCAACCACUACAAAAGCUGCAACAACUGCAUCAACCUCAAAAGCUGCAACCACGACAACUGCAAAAACCACCACAAAAGCAGCAACCACAACAAAAGCAAGUGACAUCGCGAUUCCAACUGUUUACGUGCCAACUGAAGCUGUGAUAACAGAUGCUCCUCUCGAAGCAACUACAACAUUCGAAUUCACUUUCGCAUCAAAUGCGCCAGAUGAGGAUACCACUGUGAAUCAAGAUACAACUGUUGCUGAAGAUCAUGAUGAAUGCGCUGAACCAGUCACAACAGUUUCAACAGUUGCUGGUGGAACUCUUGGAACAUUAUUCCCUGGAAGUGGAGGCGGCGGAAGUGCUGUCGAUCCAAUGACAUUUGCAACAGCGACACCAACUUUGGCUUCAGGUGUAACAAGAGCACCAACCUGUAGAACAACACCAAUUAUCACAACCACAAUUGCUUUUGGAAAAUGCACAACAAUUCCAGUUAGUAGCACAACACCUUAUCAAAGCACAACAACCCAAAUGGUUACCACAACUGUUGCGGAAACUACCAAAGCUGAUACUACACUUGCAGCUGAUAAGACAACAUCGGUUGCUGCGGAAGAAACAACAUUAGCUGUCGAGAAAACAACAAUCGCCUCUGCAGAAACUACAGUCGCAGCUGAAAAGACCACAGUAGCAUCAGAAGACACAACAAUUCAGGCUGAUGAUACAACAAUCGCUGAUAUAAUCACAACCACAACCAAAUCAGUUGUUAGUUGCAAUGAUUGUUCUCAAUUAUUUGUUCAACUUUUCAAUGGAAAUCCAUACGAAGAUGCAUCAUCAGUUCUCAAUCGAUAUUCAGCAGAUGGUUGUUAUUAUGUUCAAUUUUUCUGUCGACCAAUUGAAGUUGGAGAUACAACAACUGUGAAUACUGUUUUGAGCGGUGACACAUCUUAUCUUGACGCGCCUUUGAGUUCAAAUUUGGCUUGUCAGAAUAAAAAGUGGGUUUUGUUGAGUUCGACAAAUUCUUUGGCUGCCGAUGUAACAUCGCUCGGAUGUGUUUAUGGAACCAAGACCACAACACCAAAACCAACCACCAAAACAACCACAACUACACCAAUAGGUUGGUUAUUUUUUUGAUUUCAGAUUCUAACCUCGAAAAUUAACAUAGUAAUAUUUCAGUUGACAAUUCAAAAGCUUGCAUGAACUGUUCUAAUUUGGUAGUCAGCCAAUCUGGUUAUCCAGAAGGUGUUACUUAUCUCGAUCAUACUUAUGAUAGUUGUCUUUCUGUUGAAGUCCAUUGUUUACCAAUCAAUGGUGGAACUGAAGUUGAACUUAUGUUGGAUCUUGUCAAAACUGGAACAAUUGCCGCAGAGAUCAAUCGAACUUUCACCUGCACUUCAAAUUCGCAAUGGUUGGAUUCAGUUACAAAUGAGAUUGUCAGCAAUAUCAGUUGCAUUAUGCCAAAAUCAGUCACAACUACACCGAUUGUUGAGAGUACUGUAUAUAAUAUGCCAUCAACUGAAACACCAGCAAAGAAAUCAACUACAGCCAAAACUGUUCCACCUGAAACAGCUGCUCCAACACUUCCAGAAGAUGCUGAUACUACAAAAGAUGGAACAACUGUGGAAAUGGAUAUCACAACAGUCGCCGAAAUCGAUUCAACUGAAGCGCCAGUCAAAUCAUCAGCUGUUUCUAUCAAAGCAACAACCACAACACCAAUCAAUUGUGGAACGUGUGCAGAUCUUGAACCACUUGCAACAUCCGAAACUGGAACAUACAAUGGAAUGCUUGUUUUAUGGCACUACAAAAGUAAUGGAUGUAAAUUGGUCGAUAUUUCAUGCCAAUCAACAAUGGUUGACACAAAUAAUGUAUCUCUGAUAAUGAAUCCAAGUGGAUCACAUCAAACUGGAACCGGAGAACAAGAUGUUACAUUAAAAUGUGUGAAUGGUAAUUAUAUUUUCGAUAACUCUCCGGUUACAAGUGUCAGUUGUGUUGUUCUAACUACAUCUGUAGCCACAACGACCACUACAACUACCACAACAACAAAAACUCCAGUUAUCGAAACUACUGAAAUUUCAAAUGAUCUUUGCAAUUCCUGCAGUCGACUUCCAGUUGAUAUUCUUUCCACAUCUUCCGGAUACACCAAUGGACUUCUCAAAGCGGUUGUCAAUUACGAUUCUUGUAUGAGUGUUACUUUAACUUGUCAAGGUGUAACUGCUACUGAUAUUGCUUCAAUUGUCUAUCAAGAUGCUUCAUUGGCAAGUGCAACGAACGAGGUGACAAUGAAUUUAUAUUGUGAUACUACAUCAACAUGGAUCACCAGUGAACAACAAACUGUUGACAGUAUUUCAUGUGGUUAUCAAUCUAGUUAGUUUAAUUGUUAAAACCGCAGAACAGUCCCCGUUUUAUUAUGUCCCCCAAAACUUGACAAAGCCCAUGGGCUGAACUCUCUUCAAAUUAUACUAUUGCAAAAGCUCAACUUUUUUUUUUCGGUCAAAAAUUUUCAAAACUACAAAAUUUUCCAGUUUUGCAAAUACUUCUUUUUCAAGUUAUUCUCAGUUUAUACCAGUUAGAUUAUCUUACGAUAGAUAUAUUAAUCAAUAUACUUUUUGAUUUCGAGUAACCAACCCAAAUUAAAUUACAAGCCAAUCAUACUCAAAAAAUCUAAAAUUUUCAGCAUCUAUUACCACAACAACCGCAGCUUCAGCUUGUGGAAGUUGUGCGAACAUGGAAUCAGCUGAAGCACUUCUUCAAUCAAACAAUUAUGAUGGAAUGAUUGUUCUUUACAAUUAUUUUGACAAAUCAUCAAAUUGUAAAAAAGUUGAUAUUUCAUGUCAAGGAACAACUUCGACUGAAAAUGCAACUUUGAUUUUCAACCCGAUUGGAGCGAUUCAAACUGGAACAACGGUUCAUGAAAUCACAUUGAGUUGUGCAUCAGAUGGAACUUGGAAAUAUUCAGGAACUGUGGUUGAAAGUGUCAGCUGUCUUGUUUCAAGUGAGUUUCAGUUUUUUUAAUAGUUAGAAAUUUCAAAGAUUUUCAGCUGCUACUGAAACUGUGCCAACGACAAUCACAUCAACAACUUUGGGACCAUCUACAACACAUGAUCCAGAAGUCGCAUAUUGUGCACAAUGUCAAAAAAUCGAAGGAGUCGCAGUUUCAUCGAUCGAUGAUUCGCUUCAAAAUGGUGUGAUAACAAUGACAACAUUCUAUGUUGGAUCUUGUAUUCAUGUUCAAGUAACAUGUACUGGAACAUCAUCAACUGAAAAAGUAACACUUCUUGCUGCAACAACUUCAUUGAUCAGUGGAACCGGUUCAGUUUCUUUCAACUUUACUUGUAAUUCGGCUGCCAAUUGGAUGACAUCAGCUGGAACACUUGUUGAUAGCGUUUCUUGUGGAAGAUACGAUGUGACAAGCACAACAAUCGCUACAACUACCACAACCGCUGCAAGUCAAUGUUACACAUGUUCAAAUCUUCUCGCAGUUGCAAUGGCACCAUCUGAUGGAUCAUCUUAUGAUGGAAUGAUUGUUUUGAAUCAUUAUACUGAUUCAACAACUAAAUGUCGAAAAGUUGAUGUUUCUUGUGGUCCAACUUUGACUACAGAAAAUGCAACACUCUUUUUUGGUUCAACUGUUGUUGCUACAGGUGCUUCAGAACAUGCAUUUACUCUUUCUUGCAAUUCAAACAGUAAUUGGCAAUAUGGAACAAGUGCAGUUGCAAGUGUCAGUUGUCUCAUUUCAACAGCAUCAUCUGGUGUUACCGCAGCUCCAACAACUACAACCACACAAGUUUACAACGAUGAAUCUGAUUUGUGCACACAAUGUGGAAAAGCUCCGAUUGUUUCAGUUGGAUCAACAACAAGUUAUCAAAACGGUUUCACAACUGUUGUGCAAACAACUGGAUCUGAUGGAUGUUCAGCGCUUCUCAUCAAAUGUCAAGGAACAGAAAGUGGAAGUGGAGUUGCACUUCUCUCAUCAGGAACUCCAUUGGGUGGAGGAUAUGGAAGUGUUUCAAUUAAUCUAACAUGUAAUUCAGCAGCAAAUUGGAUGACAAGUGGUGGAGCUAUUGUGACAUCAUUAGCUUGUGGAAGAAAAGCAGCGGUAGUUGUAGCUGUAACCACUACAACACAAGCAGCAACUGGACAAUGUGCAACUUGCGAUAAUAUGCUAGCAAUUGCUAUGACUGAUGGAACAUCAAGUACUAUUUAUGAUGGAAUGAUAAUUAUGGAUCAUUAUAUCAAUCCUUCAACAAAUUGUCGAAAUGUCAAAAUCACUUGUGGUCCAACAGUUUCAACUGAAAAUGCAACACUUUUCAUCAAUUCAAAUGCUCUUCAAACUGGUCAAUCAACUCAUAAUAUCGAAUUGGUUUGUGAUUCUACAGGAGGAUGGUUGUAUGAUUCAACAACUGUAGUUAGCAAUGUUGGAUGUAUUAUUUCUGAAACAACCAGUGUUGAUACAGCUACAACUGUCACAACACUUGCACCAACAACAAUCACAUCAAAAACUCUUUGUGCUCAAUGUUCCACGCUUCCGAUCAAAUCAGUCAGCACUUCCAGUGUCUGGAGUUCAAACACCAAUGGAUUCACCACUCUAUCUUCAACUAUCGAUGCUUAUGGAUGUAGUAUGAUCGAAAUGAUGUGCGAAGGAGUCACAGUGAGUUGCAAAUAAUUUUUAGAGACAUAAAUAUUGUUUGAUUUAGACGUCGGAAUCAGUUCAAAUCGGAGUGAAUGAUGCGAGUGUUGUUUCAAGUGGAACCGGAAGUACAAACUGGACAAAUAUUGUUUGCAAUUCUCAAGGACAAUGGACUUAUUCAACAUUGGGAGUGAUAAGUUCAGUAUACUGUAUGCGAACUGCUGCAGAAACGACAACGACAACAGUUGCUUCACAAUGUGGAACUUGUUCAAAUAUUCGACCAGUUGCAUUAGAUUAUUCAACAAGUUAUGAUGGAAUGUUGGUUAUCACUCAUUGGAAAGAUAGUUCAACAAAAUGCCGAAAAGCGUCGAUUGCUUGUUCUUCUACGAUGGAUUAUGAAAGUGCUGAACUUAUUGUUGGAUCAUCUCAAGUUUCGAAUGGAAGUUACACUCAAGAAGUUGAUAUCACAUGUGGUUCAACUGGAAUCUGGAGUUAUAAUAGUGCGGCAAUCGCAACAUCAUCUUGCUUGAUUUCGAGUAAGUUAUCAUAACUAACUACAAGUAGAGUUUAUUUUACAAAAUUAUUGAUUCUAGACUCCUCUUCAACCUCAAGUUCUGGAAAGAAACGGCGAAAGCGUCAAGCUGGAACUGGUUUGACAGCUUGUCAAUCUUGCUCGAAGUUCCCAAUGACAUCUUUAAAAUCAUUUUAUCCUUGGAUGAACGGAUUUGCAACAAUUGAUAUGGAUGAUUCGGGUGAUUGUAUUACUGUAAAUGCAAUGUGCGAAGGUACAACAACAAGUGAUACUGUAGCUUGGAUUGUUUCUGGAACUGUGAUUUCGAGUGGAACAAAUCAAAUCAACAUGUCAUUCUCUUGCAGUUCUUUGAGCACAUGGCAAACAUCUUCAUCGCUUGUUUUUGCUGAUAUUUCAUGUGCAAGACAAAUUGGUAAGUAUUUCGAAAAUGUUCUGAGAUGAGAAUCUUAUAAAUGAUUUUUAUCUUCCAGCUACAACCACCGUUGCCACAACAACAACCGCAUCUCCAUAUUCUUUGAAUUGUGCAAAUCUCGUAGUUUCGCCUGUAACCUCUCUCGAUUCUGGCGAGAAAAAUGGACAACUCAUUUUGGAUCACGAAGUCAACACAACAAUUAUGGCUCGAGUUGUUCAUAUUAGUUGCUACGGUUCAUCCUCAACUGAUAAUACAACACUGUCAUUCAAUGAUGGAUCAAGAACAAUCAGUGGAACUGGUCAGAUUGAUUUAACAUUGGUUUGUGAUUCAAGUGGACAAUGGAUAUUGAAUGGAGUUUCUGUGGACACUGUUGCGUGUAUUCUAGCUGGUAAGAUUUGUUGAUUUUGAACAACCCAACAUCUAAGAUAAGAAUUUUCAGCUGGAUCUUCUGAUGCAACUGCCGCUACAACUCCUGUUUAUGUCGCAACAACUACACCUUCAGGAUCAUCACCAAACACAAAUUGUAAUCGUCAACUUAUUGGAAGUGUGCCAACUGGAUAUAAUGCUGGAUAUCUUUCAAUGAAUACUGAUACAACGACAACAUCUUUGACUGUUUCAAUGAGUUGUGUUGCUCCAACUGGAGUAUCAUUUGCAUAUUUGAUUAGUUCAACAGGAUCUAUUUUGACAACAAGUUCAACAAUGACAAAUAUGACACUUUCGUGUAACUCGAAUUCCGAAUGGGUUGUAACAAGUGUAACUGGAACUGGAAUCACCGUCGGAUCGAUAAUUUCAAGUAUCAGCUGCGCUGUUCCAAUCGAAGUUAGCACAACAACAUUAGCUACAGUUGAUGCUGGCUGUCAAGCUUGUUCAAAUCUUGCCGCAGUUGGUCUAACUUCAUCCCAACUUGAUGCAAAUGAACGAAACGGCCAAUUCAUUUUGGAUCAUUUCACCGAUUCAACAAGUUGCCGAGUUGUUUAUUUGACAUGUGCUGGAACAUCAGCUUCGGAAAAUUCAACGAUUCUUUUCAAUGGUGGUGGAUUCACAAUGAGUAGUCAAGGAAUCACUUCAACAUCUUUGACUUGUACAAGUGCAUCAACAUGGAAUUGGUAUGGCUCGACGAUUUCACAAGUCUCCUGUAAAGUAGCUGACAAGGCAUUGACAACCACAACAACUGCACCUACAACCACGACAGCCUUGUCAAUCGAUAGUGAGUCACACGAAUUACAGAUUCUGAUAUAUCUGCUAUAUUUUCAGCCGGUCUCGCUUGCAACCGUUCAAGCCUAAUCAGUCCAUUGAUUUCUGGAGAAAAUGCCGCCUAUUUGGUUCUUGAUACAACUCUUGUUGGAACAACUCUAUCGACAACUUUAUCCUGUGCUGCACCGGAUACUGGUGGAACUGCGGUUUUGGCAAACGGAGAUGGAAGUGUUCUCGGAACAUCUAGCGGAAUGGUUAAUAUGACUUUGACUUGUAACUCGGCUUCUCAAUGGGUUAUAACUUCUAUAACAUCAUCGACUUCUGGAUCAUCAACAGCAUCUGUUGGAACUGUUGUGUCUGGAUUAACAUGUUCAGAAAACAGUGAGUUAUAGAAAACAAAAUCUAUCUCAUUAUCAAUUUUUUAGUCGCCACAACUACUACAACCACAACACUUGCCCCAACCACAACUACAAAUGGUAUGUAAAGUUCAUACAUUUCCGAAAAAAAGUGGAAAACCAACAAGUUUUAUUUAGAUUUCUGCCGAAGUUGUGCAAACAUGCAACCAAUUGCGCUAACCUCUUCACAAUUAGCAUCAAAUGAGGCGAAUGGACAACUGGUGCUUACGCAUACAAUUGAUUCAACAACCUUGUGUCGCAUUGUGACCAUUCAAUGCAUCGGAGAAAAUGUAACUAGUUUUUUUGAGAUAUUUCUAGAAUUCACAAUCAAGGAAAAAAUUUAAUUUCAGACAAGUCAAAAUGCUACAAUUUACUUCAAUGAUGCUUCGAACACAAUGUCAGCGCAAUAUGGACAAGUUUCUACAUCAAUAACUUGUGCAUCAUCGAAUUAUUGGCUUCGAAACAAUAUUGCUGUUACCGAAAUCGCUUGUAAGAUCUCAUCAGAUGCUGCAUCAACAGCUGCUGCCGCUCUAACUACAGCAAUUCCAAGCACAACAACACUCUCUUCAAAUGCUGCGCUGAACUGCAACAAGAAUCUCAUCACAUCUGUCAGCAGUGGAAGUUAUGAUGUUGGAUUCCUAACAGUUGACACAACCGAAACUUCAACCUCUCUAACUCUCGAUGUUUCAUGCGCCGCAGUUACCUCAACAUCCACCGCAGUUCUUCUUGAUUCAUCAACCCAAUUAUCAACUGGAACUGGAACAACUAAUAUGACUUUGACGUGUAAUGCGAAUUCUCAAUGGGUGACUGCGUCUGGAACUGUUGUGACAAGUUUGAGUUGUGGAACAGUGGCAACGGCGACGACGACAGCUGCUGCAACAACUACGGCAGCAGCGGCGACGGAUUGUUCGCAAGCUGCUUGGAACACAUGGCAAGAUUGGUCAGAUUGCACAGAUACAUGUGGAUCUUGUGGAACACAUACAAGAUCUAGAUCUUGUAACAAACCGCUGACAACUUGUACAUGUGAUGGGUUAGUGAAUGGGUACUUUCUUCAAAGAAAAAAAUACGCGUUGAAAAAAUCCGCAAAUACUUGCUGAAAAAAUCCGCAAACAACAAACACUACGCGCAACUCCUACAGUACCUCCCGGGAAAAGUGUCACGGUAACCCCCGGUGGUUUUUAGCGGGAACCCUCAUAUUCCCUAACGAACUAUAAUCCCGGGAACCCUGAGAAUCUCACAGACUUUACUUCUCAAAUGGAGAAUACUACAUAGUAGCUCUGAAAAAAACCUCCCCGGAAAAAACUCACAAAAUAGUCGAGGAGGGCAAAAUGUUCCAACGAAAUAGUAAAAUUGAGAAAACCCGAAAUGAAAUAAUAAACAACAAAAAAUAAAAAUGAAAGAUGACGUGAUCGCAAAAAAAAAUUAGUCCCGCACUAAUUUUAGGGUAGAUCAAAAAAUAAAAAAAAAAGGAUUUUUAUUACCAAAAUGAUAGAAGUUUGAAAUUUAUGAGCUUCGGGAAAAAUUUCAUUUUUAAAGUCACAAACUGUUUUUCUAAUUAUUUCUGAUUUCAGAUCAGCCUACGAAAAAGAGUACUGUAAUCUACAAGUGUGCAAAUAUCCUCGUGAUUCAUCGUGUUGUACCGGUUUUUCACCGCAAUCCGCAAAUGGCACAUUUGUUUGUAUGUCAACGUCUUCCGGAUAA